UACAAUUUUUUAUUUUUAUAGUUAAAAGCUUACUCAAAAGACAACAUUUGAUAAAAAUGCUGCCAUAUUAAGAAUCGUGGUUUACUGAAUGUUGGAUGAUCGAGAUGGCGAUAUAAUAACAUGGCCUCGAGCUCGACAGAAGUUCCUUACAACCAUCCGACUGAGAACGCUUUGUUUGGGCAAAAUGUCAUCGAGAAAAUUACAGAUACUUGUCUCGGUCAGGAUGGAAAAAGAUAUUAUCAAGUUAAAUGGAGAGACUCAUGGGAACCUGAGGAGAGGUUGAUGGCAGCAUGUGAGGGUGCAUUGCAAACAUUUUGGAAAGAAUAUUAUUCUAAUGUUGAAAAAGAAAUAAGAAAACAAGUGAUAGCAUACACAUCACCAGUUAGCAGUAUAACUACUAGCGAGUCUUUGCAAGGAGCAGGGUUCAGCACAACACAGGCUUCUAAAGUGAUAAUAAAUACAUCUGUUAAAAAGUGCAAGAAUGAUUCAUCCAUUGAUAUAAAUUCAACGGAUGAUUUAACUGCAGAAGCACCUUCGCUGAUCAUGAGUGAAAAUGCAGAUGAUAGCACUCACCAUAAUACUGUUCGCACACUUUCUGGUGCAAAUAUCACAAUAAAUAGCCUUCAACACACUAAUCAAAAGAUUAUUGAAACAUUCCCUGAGCAGUCUUCAACAGUAGCCUACUAUGCUGUUCAAGACAAUGAAAAUAGUGAAAAUGAGCAGGAAGAGAGUUUAGAAGAAGUUGAGAUGAGUGAUCAAGCCGAGUUACUUACUCAAAUUAUUAAUUCUCAACCAGGUAUGACUAAAUGGAGCAGUGAAGAUGUAAAACCUAAUGUUACGAGUAGACGCACACUUACAACAAUUACUGCAGAUACUUUAAAUACAAAGAAUGUAAGUGGUCCUGAUGCAAAUUCAAAGUUUCAUUGUGAUAUUUGUAAUAAGAUGUUUGUUUCCAAACGCAAUGUUCAAAGACACAUGUUAUCACAUACAGGUGAAAAACCAUGGAUGUGUGAAUUUUGUUUUAAACGAUUUCGUCAAAAGCCUCAUUUAGAACAGCACGUUAAUAUUCACAAAGGAAUAAAAAAUGCAGUGUGCUCAAUCUGUGGUAAAGCGUUUAAUCAUCGAUCUAAUCUUGUUACCCAUAUGGCGACGCAUUCAAGUGUCAGACCUCAUUCUUGUAUUGUAUGUGGUGAAAAUUUUAAAUUAAAACACACUUUAGCUAAGCAUAUGAUGGUUCAUACAAAACAAGAUAUUGAAAAAAGGCAUCAGUGUCAGAUUUGUAAAAGAAGUUUUCGUGAUAAAUCAUAUCUUGCAGAGCAUGAAACGAUUCACAAUAAAGAGAAGCCAUGGCAAUGUGAUAUUUGUAAAAAAUCGUUUUCAUUUAAAAGAAGAUAUCAAAUGCAUCUAGAAGUUCAUCAAAGUAAAGAUGGCGGAGAGGAAUUUGUAUGUCAUUUGUGUCCUAAAAAGUUUAAAGGAAAGAUAUAUUUACAAAAACACUUAGAGCGUCAUGAGUAUAAACGCAAGCGAAGAAAGAAAAUAAAGCUUGAGAAAGAAGGUUUUAUUGGAGAUCCUGCAGUAGAAUUAAACGUUUCUGACGGUCUUGACGGCGACGACUUAGAGGUUGCUGGAGAAGACGAUGACAUUGAUUUGAGUAUGUCUGAAGUCGAUGUAAAGGCUGAAGAUGACCUCGAAGAAGGCGAAAAAAUAGACCACACUGACGACGAUUCUUCACCAGAUGAUGGUUCUCAUGUGUUACGCAUUAAUGCUGAAGAACAACCAAAUUCUGAUCCUAGUAUGGUUGUUGCUGGAAUGCUACCUAUAUCAGGCAUGAACAUGGAGGAUGCUACCUAUGUUGCACUAGCACAACUUACUCAAGCUGCCAUUGAAAGCUCCCCUAUAGGAGAAUCUGGCGGUGUUAUUUUAAUGAGCUACGAGGAAAUACAAAAAAGUAUGCAAGAGCUGCAUGCUCAUCACCACGGUGGUGUUAAUGACGACGAUUUACAGUAUAAUAUUCAAGUGACUCAAGUAUCUGAUGAAAACGUUAAAAGACUCCAAGAAGCUCUUAAAGACAAUAGCUUAACCGCUCUAGGUAAUGAUUGCAGUAGUAUACGCGUAAUUCAGCAGCCAAUUCAGCAAUCAGUUGGUUCUAUACAUGUUUUAGACAAUAAUGGCGAUUUGCAUGUAAUUGAGACUAGUGAGCUACACUAAAAGAAUAAUUUAAAGAUUUCUCAAAUGUUUUAUGGUGUUCUUUGUCUAAAUUGUAUAUAUUUGAGUUAUGAGACGGAGAACCAUAUUUUUUUUUCUUA